UUGAAAAGGUUUUUCCAUAAGAUUUUAGUUAAAGUUCAAAAGCAUUUGGAGGAUAAUCCUCGCGCAGAGCCACUCUUUCACCAUCUGCAGCUACUCAAUAACCAACUUCCCCUGCAAUGGUCUCAGUCUCUGCCUCCGUCUCCUCCUUAUGGGGCUUUAGUUUUCUGCUGCUGCCUACUUCUUCGAUAACAGCUAGUACCAUUUUUGCUUCUAAGGAAAGAAGCAUCGUAGCGGCGGGAAAGAAGAAAGAUAAAGAGACCAUAGAAACUGCCAAGUUAGUCGCCAGAGACAAAAUUCCAAAUCCAAACUCUGAGAUUGUGCAGCCAAAUAGCCUGCCUCCAUUGGUUAGUGCCUUGAAAACUUCAGCUGAGCAAAAUGCUGCUAGUUUUCAUUUUCCGGGGCAUAACAGGGGACGGGCGGCACCAUCAUCCUUAGUUGAGCUUAUUGGUUUAAAACCAUUCCUUCAUGAUUUACCUGAGCUUCCGGAGCUUGACAACCUAUUUUCUCCAGAGGGGCCCAUUUUAGAGGCACAAAAACAAGCAGCCAAACUGUUUGGAUCAUCAGAGACAUGGUUUCUUGUUGGAGGUACCACCUGUGGAAUCCAUGCAGCAAUAAUGGCAACUUGCUCCCCAGGGGAAUAUUUGAUUCUACCUCGGAGUUCUCAUAUAUCAGCCAUUUCUGCCAUGGUAUUAUCUGGUGCCAUACCCAAAUACAUUAUCCCUGAGUAUGAUUGCCAUUGGGACAUUGCUGGUGGUGUUACUUUAUCAGAGGUAGAGAAAGCAAUCAGGGAAUUGCAGAUGGAAGGUCAAAAAAUAGGUGCAGUUUUCGUCACUUCCCCUACUUACCAUGGUAUCUGUAGCAAUGUGACAGACAUUUCGAAGCUGUGUCAUUCGUAUGGAAUCCCUGUGAUUGUUGAUGAGGCUCAUGGAGCACACUUAGGAUUUCAUCACAAGCUACCCAGUUCAGCCCUCCAGCAGGGAGCUGAUCUGGCUGUGCAAUCUACUCACAAGGUCCUCUCCUCUCUCACACAGUCAUCAAUGUUACAUAUGUCUGGGAAUAUUGUAGACAGAGAAAGAAUCUGUAGAUGCCUUCAAACUCUUCAAAGCACUAGUCCUAGUUAUCUGCUUUUGGCAUCACUAGAUGCAGCUAGAGCUCAACUAAGUGAAAAUCCAGAAACUAUUUUCAAUAAUGCAAUAGAUUUGGCAUUUGAAACUAAAAACCUUAUCCGAAAUAUUCCAGGUAUUUCAGUGCUUGGCACACCAGGAAUUUCUAGCUUUCCUCUGAUUGAUCCAUUGCGUCUCACAUUUGGGUUUUGGCAGCUUGGUUUAUCUGGUUUUGAAGCAGAUGAAAUGUUAUAUAGGGAUCAUGGGGUCAUCUCUGAACUUGUUGGGACUCGAUCUAUUUCUUUUUCAAUUAGCCUUGGAACUUGUAGAGACCAUAUUCAGAGGCUUGCAUCUGGAAUAAAGAGAAUAUCUGCAGCAUCCUUGUCUCUUCAAAAGAUAAAAGAGAAAGUAGAACAUUGUGGUUCAUCACCCUUUACUGAUAUUACUAUGUCUCUUAAUCCAAGAGAAUCCUUCUUUGCAAGUAAAAGGAAAGUGGCAAUUGGAGAGAGUCUUGGGAGAAUUUGUGGAGAGCUCAUAUGUCCAUAUCCACCAGGUAUUCCUGUAAUGGUCCCUGGUGAGAUCAUUACAAAGAGAGCUUUGGAUUAUCUGCUGCAAGUUAGAAACAAAGGUGCAAUUAUUAGUGGAGCCUCUGAUCCUUUACUCUCUUCAAUUGUCAUCUGUGAUAUAUGAAUUACUUUAUCUCAAAGUGGCAAGUGAUGACGUGCUCAACAGGGAUGGAGUUGCAAAAAAUUUUUGCAUGAGUAGAAAGGUUAUAAAACUGUUACAAAUAUCAGUAAGUCAAGGGAUAAACCUGUUGGAUUGAGUGGGGGUUUUUUCUAUCAAUAUUUUGGGAUAAAAUUAAAGUGAUAUAGUGGAUGUGGAGCUACUUCAUCCUGUGAUGGUGGCAGAUCUUAUAGACAGACAAAGUGUGCUGGAGGAGGGAUUUACUAGCCCAAAUAUUUACUGAGGAUGCGAUUAUCAUCGAGAGUACACCACUCAGCAAGAAGUGGUUGCCUGAUGAACUACUUUGAACUUGUAAUAAUAUUUUUACAGAUAAUUAGAUGAACAAUAGCAAUGCUAUUUGGCAAGCUCCUUGGAACACUAAUAUGCCAUCCAGAAUCAAUCUUGUUCAUGAGAAUGAAUAUUAACAGAAGCUGUUAACGUAUGCCACGAUGGGGAGGUUUUCAUUGGUGUAGGUGGAGUCAACAGGUUUUGGAGGACUCCUUUUUGGUCCUCUAGUUUUAAGUUCCAAGUCACUAGCAAUGCUAUGGAGCUAUGCAAGCAGUUCCUUCGACCAGCUGAAUGAGAAUAAUUCAGCUAAAAUCUGGGUUAUAGCUUGAACUAUCUGGAUGAGUAGGAAUACAUGUCUGCAUGAACCUGUUUGUCAGUGACAAGUUGCGUGACAAUAGCACUGAAGGUGCUGGAGAGGUAUGAACAGGUUUGAUUUUAAGCUAUGAUACAAAAUUCAAAUUCUGUGAAUAGGAGAUGGGUUCCAGCAGCUGAUCAAUGGAAAUUGUUUUGAGUGUUGUGUUCUGCGACCAUACUGGUGCCAUUUUAGCUUGUGUGGUAAUACGCAAGUCAGCUAUACCAGAUCCAGCUUUGGCAGAUGUCUUAGGACUUCAACUAGCAAAGGAGUGCUGGUGGAAAGGGAUUGUUUGGAAGUAAUUCGAGAGAUUAAGAAUGAUGGAUUUUUAGAGAGGAGGCGUGCUUAUUGAAGGUAUGAAGGAAUUAGCUUCCCGUUUUUCUAGUUGUAGCUUGUUGCGCAUUAGGGGUAGCAAACUGUUUCAGCACAGGUGGUAGCUCGUUCAGAAUUGUUGAUUUUCUAAACUUGACAUAUGCAAGCAAUUGAGAGAUAAUUAAUUAGGAGAAAUUUCAUUGUAUUGAUUAAUUGCUCGAAUUGAGCUUAUAUGCACAAAAUCUAUUCUGGUAAUGAAGU